AUGUUCGCUACCAUGCCUCCAUAUAAUUUCGACUUCGAUUUCCAGCAACUAGAUACGAGCGCGCAUAUGCAAUCGAAACCUCACUAUUACUCUUCAGUUCACUCCUCACCAUUGACGCCGCGCAAGCACAACACCAUCUUCAACCCAUCGCAGACGAUACGAUCAUCACCGCCCCGCAACCACUACGAUGGCAAUGACCAAGUACCUACCCAAUUCACGCAUAACACCGCUGUUUUCUCCUCUCCGACCCUUCCCACAACAACAACAACUACUACUACAACCCCUCCAGCCUCCCGAUCUCAUCAAUCCCCAUAUGCGCAGCGCUACAUGACUAAAAUCUCAAACCCGCUCUCCCACGCCUCCGGUUCAUACAAGACGUCGUCUUCCCCGUCCGCCAGGGAGAGAAGGAGAGAUAUCUACCUCAGUCGAAUUAAGCGGGACCGACAAGAUGGGAGAUUCGAGGAAAGAGGGGAACAGUUGAUGAGGAUGGAACAUGUCGCUGAACGGGGGAGAUGGGGUGAGUGGAUGGAAAGGGAUGCUGAAGGGGUCUUUGCUGGGGUGAUCGAGGCUGAGGAUGACAACGAGGUAGAUGUGGAUACAGAUAUCAGAGCUUUGGAUGAGUAUAUCUCUGAGGAACAGGCGAUGGAGAUGGCUAUUCUUGAGAAUAUGGGCUCGCGGCCAAGUGGAAUGCAGGAUCAAUACCCAGGACAGAGCCAUGUGAGGUCUACCGAUGACGGCGCCUUGUAUAGCGAUGAUGAGUAUGAGGGUAUUUUCAUGGAUCUGGCCGAUCCGGAUCAAGGCAUGGAUAUGUCGAGUGGAUAA